CGGUAAUGUAGACCUAGGCAGCAAUCACAACAACUGUCCGCAGCAACUGGUGAAAUUAACGAUUUGUGAAGGCAGCUUGAGCAAACGUACGGUUGGAUUCCUUGCUAAAUAAUAAUUAUUCAUCAUGAACGUGGGCUUUGCUCUCGUUCUUCUCUGGUCUCUCCCAGUAACCAAUGUGCUUGCAGAGCUGCCUGUACCUCAGAACCUGACUCUGCUCACCCUGAACACAGAGUACCUACUAACAUGGGACUGGGACCGGGACCAGAUGACCACAGGCAACACUGUUACCUUCACUGCAGAGUACAUGGGGAAGUAUAAGAUGCAGAGAAAGAAGAAGAACUGGAGCCGUGUGUGUGAGAGGACCAUACAUACCCACUGUAACUUCACAGGCUCUGAUCUGCACUACCUGGGCAUGUAUGUGCUCAGGGUCCGAGCCAGUGCAGACGGACUGAACUCAGACUGGGUCCUUAAAGACUUCUGCCCCGAUAAAGACGCUGCUUUGGGCCCACCGUCCAGGGUUGAGCUGGCUCCUGUGGGGAACCUGCUGGACGUGACCAUCUCUGACCCCCUGACCAGCACCCAGGGCUCCAUGAAGGAACACGUCCUCUCCCUGUACUACCACAUCCUGUACUGGAGCCUGUCUGAUGACCCUCGGGGUCUAAAGCCUAAUGUGGUGAACUCUAACAACAACCUGGUGACGCUGCCUGAGCUGGAGGCCUGGACGUGGUACUGUGUCAUGGUUCAGUCUCGCUACGACUACUACAACAAGACAAGCGGCUACACAGCACCCCAGUGCAUGCAGACAGAAGGUGACACUCAGUGGAGGCAGAUCUUCCUGUACUUCCUGGUCUCCCUGGUAGUAUGUUUCCUGCUGGUGCUGCUGCCCUACACCUUCUUUAGGUUCUACAGAGUCCUCAAACACACCUUCUACCCCACCAUCCAGCUGCCUGCAUACAUCCAGGAGUACCUCUGUGACUCCUCCCUCGGCUCUGAAAUGCCCAUGCUCCUCACUCCUGAGUCGGAGCUGUGCUGUGAUAAUCUGAGCGUGUACGCCGAGGUGGUGCUGCUGGAGAUCCACAUAGCUCCUCCCUUCACAGCUCCCCCCUCAGGGCUGCAGCAUGACAGCAGCAGGCAUAGCCGCCAGGGCAGUGAAGGCAGUGGAGACUCUGGGGUCUACUCCACAGAGGGAGGCUCCGGCCAGCAGGGUUCUAGUGGUGGGGGUGAGCCAAUCGGGAGAGACAAGGAAGUGGAGAAGGUCAAGCUGGAGGAGAUGGGGGAAGAGCCUGGAGACGAAGGAGUUCCGGAUGAGGGAGUUGUGGAUGUGUGCAUCUGAGGAGAGAAGGAGAGAGCGAGAGGAGCGCUGGGUGGAAAGACUGUAGGUGAUGGUUGAAGAAUUGUAAUAGGGAAAGGAGGAGGGUCAUACAGAAUGUUCUCUGAAGUCUGUCUUUCUACCCCUCAAAGGACACUUUGAAGUUGAUGACAUCUCGCUUAAAAGACAUCACACAGAUUAAAAGACACAUCUCAAAAGUAAGGGUGUAACGGUAAACGUAUUCAUACCGACUCGUUCGGUAUGGGGGACCUCUGUUCAGUCUGCACUGUGAACCCAGAUUAAAACAAACAAUUUUACUGUACCAGUCAAACGUUUGGCCACCCACUCAUUCCAGGGUUUAUCUUUAUUCUUACUAUUUUCUAAAUUGUAUAAUAAUACUGAAGACAUCCAAACUAUGAAAUAACAUACAUGGGAUCAUUAGUAUUCAAAAAUGUGUUAAACAAAUCGAAGUAUAUAUUUUAGAUUCUUCAAAGUAGCCACUCUUUGCCUUUGACAGCUUUGCACACCCUUGGCAUCCCUCUCAACCAGAUUCAUGAGGUUGUCACCUGGAAUGCAUUUCAAUUAACAGGUGUGUCUUGUUAAGUUAAUUUGUGGAAUUCCUUUCCUUAAUGUGUUUGAGCCAAUCAGUUGUGUUGUGCCAAGGUAAGGGUGGUAUACAGAAGAUAGCCCUAUUUGGUAAAAGACCAAGUCCAUAUUAUGGCAAGAACAGCUCAAAUAAGCGAAGACAAACGACAGUCCAUCAUUACUUUAAGACAUGAAGGUCAGUCAAUCUGGAAAAUGGAAAGAACUUUGAAAGUUUCUUCAAGUGAAGUCGCAAAAACCAAGCGCUAUGAUGAAACCGGCUCAUGAGAACCGCCACAGGAAAGGAAGACCCAGAGUUACCUCUACUGCAGAGGAUAAGUUCAUUAGAGUUAGCAGCCUCAGAAAUUGCUACCCAAAUAAAUGCUUCAGAGUUCAAGUAACAGACACAUCUCAACAUCAACUGUUCAGAGGAGACUGCGUGAAUCAGGCCUUCGUGGUUGAAUUGCUGCAAAGAAACCACUACUGAAGGACACCAUUAAGAAGAAGACUUGCUUGGGCCAAGAAACACGAGCAUUGCACAUUAAACUGGUGGAAAUCUGUCCUUUGGUCUGAUUAGUCCAAAUUUGAGAUUUUUGGUUCCAAACGAUGUGUCUUUGAGACGGAGAGUAGGUCAAUGGAUGAUCGCAUGUGUAGUUCCCACCGUAAAGCAUGGAGGUGUGAUGGUGUGAGGGUGCUUUGCUGGUGACUUUGCUGGUGACAAUUCAAGGCACACUUAACCAGAAUGGCUACCACAGCAUUCUGCAGCGAUACACCAUCCCAUCGGUUUGCACUUAGUGGGACUAUCAUUAAUUUUUUAACAUGACAAUGACCCAGAACACACCUCCAGGCUGUGUAAGGGCUAUUUUACCAAGAAGGAGAGUGAUGGAAUGCUGCAUCAGAUGACCUGGCCUCCACAAUCACCCGACCUAAACCCAAUUGAGAUGGUUUGAGAUUAGUUGGACCGCAGAGUGAAGGAAAAGCAGCCAACAAGUGCUCAGCAUAUGUGAGAACUCCUGCAAGACUGUUGGAAAAGCAUUUCUCAUGAAGCUGGUUGAGAAUGCCAAGAAUGUGCAAAGCUGUCAUCAAGGCAAAGGGUGGCUACUUAAAUCAAAAUAUUUUAUAUUCUAACACUUGUUUGGUUACUACUUGAUUCCAUAUCUGUUAUUUCAUAGUUUUUAUUCUACAAUGUAGAAAAUAGUCAAAAUCAAGAAACCCUGGAAUGAGUAGGUGUCCAAACUUUUGACUGGUACUGUACAUGGAUAUUUCACUAGGCCUAUAGGCUGCAUUGUAUGCCUCUUGGGUAAAUCUGAGCAACAACAAAAACAUUUCAGGCUAUCCCGUUAAAACAACUAGAGACUACAGAAUGUGCACGUUGUAAUUACAAUUUGAAUCUUAAUUGAUGGAUUUCUAACUGUCCUUUUUGUGAGGCGCAGCCAGGAAAUAGUUCUGUCCAAUGGCGAGUGGUGGGGUCGAUUUAACCAGGAGGAUUCUCCAUCACCAGUUUGGGAACAUUUUGGCUUCCCAGUAAGAUUAUUGCGGGGAUGGACACAGAGUAUGUUGCCAGUGCAGCUGCCAACACCUCAACAUGUUGACACAGUUACGCUGACAUCACGCCAGUAUUCCUACCACCAGAACAAGACUGCAACUCAAAAAAACAACGCAACGUCGUCUCCCCGCUGCAUUCAAGCAGCCCUUCGCAGCUGAUUCUGACCGGGCCAAAAUAAACAAAUGACAAGAGCGAUAGGUAUGUUUAUUGCCAUGGAAAUGCGCCCAUUCUCGGUGGUUGAGAAGAAUAAGGCGUUUCAGCACUUCUUGAAAGUGCUCGAGCCACGUUACGAACUUCAUUUCAGCAGAUGGGUAGUACCCACUCUAUAUAAGCAAGCUGAAACAGAAGUUGUCAAUAAAUAGGCCAAUGCACCCUGUGUUGUGCUUACUACAGAUGGAUGGACCUCCCAGGGCUACGGAGAGCUACUUAAGUGACAGCCCUUCACAUUUCCCUCAACUGGGAAAUGAAAAGUACCGCGCUAUAGACAUGCCCCCUUUAUGAGAGUCACACAAGUGCACAUAUUUUUCUCUUUGUAAGAAAACCUUAUAGCAUAGGCUUCUACAAUGUCUGAGCCAUGUUUACAUGUUGAUUUCACACACAUAUUGCACUUUAUUUUAGUGUUGUUGAGUAAUCAUGUGUUUUCAUUUCAGAAAAUAUAAACAAAAAUUAACUACAGUAACUGACAUUUUCCCGCUGUACCAAAUCCGAACCGUAGCGCGACCCCUAAACCAGGUUCUGUGAACUUUUACACCCCUACUCAAGGUACCAUCCAUAGCCACCUUGUGACAGGAUGGCAUGUUAUUAAUGUGAUUCCUGUUUGUCUUUAUUCUACCUGUUCACUGCGACAGUUGUGAAUUUGUGCCUGGGUUGUUCUGGGAAUCCCAUGUUGCUCUGUGUUUUAAGGGCAUAGAAACAAUAUUAAAGCUGGGAGAGGAAGGAGCAUCUAUCAGAUUAAGAAUAUCAACAAGACCCCAGCCCACCUUUCUUUUCUAUGGCCAUGCUGGAAGAGUGUAGUGGCAUGGUGUCGUGAGAUGGGUGUGCUCCAAACUACAUGUCAGACAGUACUGGUCACUGCCAAUGGCAUGCCUUCUUUUUCCAGCUAAUUCUGUGACCGUUGGUCCAUUGGCAUGUAUGAAGACUGACUGCUGCAAGAUGUUGUGUGUUCCCCUAUACUGUAACUAAAGCGGUAAACCCCAUUCAAAAUAAAUGAAGGAAUUCAUGGGGAAACAGGGUAGCUCAUCAGUUAAACGGUUAAAUUUGAACAUUUUCAAUCACAAGUAUGGUGCAGAUAAUCAACCUCAAGUUUGUCCAGUCAAGACAUCUUCAAAACGAAGCCCAUCAUGCAUGUUGGUUUUUAUGUAAAUGUUAAAUGUAUUAGUUUGUCCUUUUUAUGAUUCUUAUAGAAUCUGAAAUCAAGAAUAGUGUCAUGUUUUCUCUCUGAGACCUUCUCAUUAUUUGACUUCCUCUUUGUCAUGAAAGGUGCUUUGCUCCAACUGUUGCUGAUUGGACCCCUGAGUCUUAAAGAAGAACUGAAUCUCGUGUGUGAUUUAUUUGAUGCAUUUGUUCUCUGAGCUGAAAACUCCCCUGUCGAACAAAUACCUCCUAGAGGUUUUUCAUUGUAAAUACAACAUUUUGUCAAAGUAAAAAAAGUGGAAAUUAUCAGCGUCACUUAAGUUGAUAAAAGUGACAAAAUAUAUUCAGCAAAUAACCAUAAUGUAUAUUAGCUAAAGCCUCAAAACCGAAGCCAAUACAAAUGUGAAUUUCCUAUGCUUUAUUAUUAUAACCAGCUACAAACAGCUCUUUGUAUUACAUGCCUGUACAGUUGAAGUCAGAAGUUUAUGUACACCUUAGCCAAAUACAUUUAAACUCAAUUGAGAUGUACAAACUAUGGCCACGCUGUCAAUGAAGCAUGCCAAUGUUGAAUGUUUUAUAAUUUUAAGCUUGGAAAAGACACCCUUAAUCCCAGACUUGGGACCAGAUAGCCACUCCACUGAAUAGCAGGCUAGUGAUUGCUUUGCAAAGCUUGCCGUUAGGAUUUGCCAGUAGAUUGUCGACUUGAUUCAUAAUGAUGACUGCUAGCUAAGAUUUUGAAAGUAUGUUGAUGACAUGAUCCGUCCAAUCAAAGCUACUUUAGAUGAAAUUACGUCAGAUCACAUAUCUGUGGCCAAUGACCUCGAACCUUCUUGGAUGGGCACUUCAAAUGUAACUCUAUGGCAGCACCCAAGGGGCUUGAAUUUUAGAGUUUUACCCUACCCUGACUACACAGCUUGCAAAAAUACAUUUAGAAAUCGUAUUAAUUUAUUGCACCCACACUGCUCGUGCGCGUCAACGUUGCCAAGGGCUAAAAUAGAAGUCCUUUCUAUUUAUUUUUUAUUUUUUUACCCAAUCCAAUUGGUAGUUACAGUCUUGUCUCAUCGCUGCAACUCCCGUACGGACUCAGGAGAGACGAAGGUCGAGAGCUAUGCAUCCUCCUGGAAGGAGGAGAGAUCACUAGAAAUGAUUCGGUUGACCGUUAUAUGUGUGGAUUCAUUGUCAGAGUAGGGGACGUUGUGCAUUUCGGGUAAAAUAACAACUCAAUGUUUAUAUCCCAGGACAAAUUUGCUAGCAACAGCAAGCUAGCUAAAUAGGACAAAUGAGCUAGCAAGCUAACUAGCGAAAUUGCCAGACAUGUUUAAUGCUUUUCGACCUGUCCCCAAAUUAAUGUAAUUGGUUCAGAGUUUGUUUUGAUAUUUUAACCUGCGUGUCGUGAUCACGUUUGGUGUAGUGUUGUACAUUUCAUGUAUUGUUUAGAGUUUUGUCGUGCCUUCGCUGGCAUGCAUAUAAAAUAACAUGUUUGCCUCACCAAGAUUGACAUGCUAAAAUUGCCACUGAAAGUAGUCCUGGUGAAUAGUAUGCACAAAACAAUGGUUGUCUUCAUGUAUAUCUCUGGUCAUGCUGUAUUAUUGCAUCCAAAUUGAGUUUCAUUCAUAUUAAAGUAUUUAACUCACCUCAUA